AUGGGUGACAUUCCUUCAACAUCUCAUGAUCCCGCGAUUUCGGAUCCUGUACCACAAGAUAGCGAAAAUGAGAUCCGCGAGGACCAACCCCUACUUCACCCUCCUGAUGAGGAAACGUGGAAACCUCCUCGGGGCUUCAUUUGGAUUCAAAUGGCUAUCAUGUCGAACGUGUUCCUCUACGGUCUUGAUAGUACCAUCACUGCAGCCACAUAUGCUGUCAUCAGCUCCGAGUUCGAUGCGGCUAAUACGGCUUCAUGGUUGACUACUUCAUACCUCAUCACUAGCACAGCAUUUCAGCCACUCUAUGGGAGAGUUUCCGAUAUCUUUGGUCGACGGUUGUGUUUCUUCAUCUCGACCAUCACAUUUGCUAUUGGAUGUCUUGGAUGUGCCGUGGCGAACGAUAUCGUCAUUCUCAACAUCAUGAGGGCGCUCAGUGGCUUUGGCGGUGGAGGAUUAAUGACAAUGGCAACCAUUGUGAACUCAGACAUGAUCCCCUUUCGCAAGCGAGGAAUGUACCAGGCUCUUCAAAAUGGUAUAUUCGGCUUUGGUGCUAUUUCUGGAGCUUCUUUUGGUGGCUCAAUCGCCGACCAUAUUGGUUGGAGAUGGUGUUUCCUACUUCAAGUCCCAAUAUCAGUCGUGGCUUUGGUCAUUGGAGCCCUUGUUGUCUCUGAUCAGGCGGGGGGUUUCUCGAUCGGCAGUAGCUUGGGCACUGUUUGGAAGAGAGUUGACUUUUCUGGAUCUCUCUUGUUAGUUGUAGCGGUCUCCGUUCAACUGGUAGGACUGAGCCUCGGCGGCAACGAGUUGCCAUGGAGUAGUCCAUGGGUUAUUGGAUCAUUGGUCGGCAGUGUUGGUCUGUUUGCUUUGUUUCUCCUUGUCGAGGCAAAGACGAGCGCCAUUCCUGUUAUUCCUCUUCGCUUGUUGCAGGGAAGACUUCCCAUUGCAACGCAGUGUGCAAAUGUCUGUGCCGGUAUGGCGGCGUACGGAUACCUUUUUAUGCUGCCACUCUUCUUUCAAGUUGUUCUGCUUGACUCAGCUACCACAGCCGGCGCUCGUCUUGCAAUUCCAUCACUGGCAACUCCAAUCGGAGGCCUUAUUUCUGGAGUGGUAAUGUCUCGUUGGGGCAAGCUUCUUACGCUUGUACGCGCCGGUGCUUUCCUGAUGGUGUUUGGUAACGGCUUAGUGACCCUGUUGCAAUUCCAAGAUUCGAAGUGGAAGUACUUCGUUUACGUCUUUCCAGCAAACCUGGGUCAGGGCAUAAUCUACCCGGGACUCCUCUUUAUCUCUUUGGCGUCCUUCGAUCAUGCCGACCAUGCGGUUACGGCCUCAACCGUAUAUCUUAUCCGCUCACUAGGAACCGUCUGGGGUGUCUCAGUCACCUCGGCCAUUGUACAGACUACACUCAGCAUUCGUCUGCCAGAUGCUUUGAGUGAGGUACCUGAUAAAUGGACAGUUAUCGAAAAGAUUCGACAUUCGGUUGACUUCAUUCGCGAACUUCCUCCAGAUGUGCAACUCAAGGCUCGUCUGGUCUACUAUGAUGGACUAAGGUAUGCCUUUGGAGCUUCAACCGCCGUGGCCUUUCUAGGACUCGUUGCCGCCUUGGUUGCCAGCGGAACUGGUCUCCGAACUACUCACAAAUAG